AUGCAAUCGGCAACGGGCGAAUCAGAGAUUUCCUUGGACGGAUCCUCUUCCGGUUGCUCACGAAAACAGGCCUGCACAAUGAAUCCGGUAUCUCACACACCGAGGAAGGUUAAGUAUGCAAUCGGCAACGGGCGAAUCAGAGAUUUCCUUGGAUGGAUCCUCUUCCGGUUGCUCACGAAAACAGGCCUGCACAAUGAAUCCGGUGGACCUGGCCAGUCGUUUAGUGUGGACAGCCUACUGCCCCGACUGGCUCAUAAACUGCGCCUCGGACCUUACGACGAGGCGGAUACUCUGCAGAUCACUCACCGCUUAGACAAGGAGACGACUGGCGCUCUCGUGAUCUCCAGGUAUGUAAUCCAUCUGCUGUUGAUUACGAUCUAUUUCCUCGAACUGUGGCGAGUGUAUCAACCGCGAAUGCAGCCAGAAAGAAUCCGCAAACUCACACUUGCUCAGGUUGACGAAGUUGGUUUGGUUUAA